AUGCUGGCUUAUAUUCUACUCGGUGGACUUUAUUUCUUCGGUGUUACGGUAGCACAAGAACCAAUUCCGAAAGAUCGCGAUUUGGAGCUGCAAUUCGUGCAAGUGAUUUGGCGUCACGGCGAUCGAUCACCGACACGAACAUGUCCCACCGAUCCAACACAAGAAGAGCAAUGGACUUUCGGUGGUGGAGGAUGGGGACAAUUGUCACCGCUGGGUAUGCAAAUGCACGUGCAACUUGGUCGAAAGCUUCGAAGACGAUACGUUGAGACGGGAUUCUUGAACGAGAGAUAUAGGGCUAAUGAGGUUUACUUCCGGUCCACCGACGUGAAUCGAACGCUUUUGUCGGCUGUUUGCAAUACAAUUGGUAUGUAUGGCCAGGGCUCAGCGACACUUGGAGAGGAUGUGCCAAAGCUGAAGGGAAACGAGGAUUACAAUUGGCCGGCUGGAUUCGUUCCGAUUCCCAUUCACACAAUCAAUGAUGAUUAUGACUAUUGGGGAAAUCCGGACAUGAUCUGCCCUCGUCAACUCAAAGUGUGGGAUCUUGCUCAGCAGAGUAAAGAAAUUCAAGCAUUGUUGGCUCUGAAUACGACUAAACUCGUGUUCGACACUUUGAAACAACAAUGCAACAAAACCUACGAUUUGGGUUCACUCUGGGAGGUGGUCGACGCGUUUUUCAUCGAGAGAGCCUACAACAUUUCGAAUCCGGGAUGGAUGACGGAUGAUUUGUACAAUCUAGCCUUCAAACUCAAUCAACAGGCACAAGACUUUGUGAAUGGAAUCAAUCUUUCCCCAGUAAAUGGUUUUGAUGUGUCGAAAGAGAUGCAACGAAUCCGCUCCGGAUCGAUGCUCGGCCUUUUGACCGAUCAGAUCAAGCAAAAGCGCGAUUGUUUGGAGAGCUUACCGCUGUGCUCAAAAUGGAUGAGUAAACUCAAAUAUUUCGUCUACUCAGCACAUGACACAACCGUUUACGCGUAUUUGACAGCGUUGAACUCGGAGAAAUUGGUGAUCACUGAUGGAGGGUAUCCACAUUAUUCAGCCGCUGUCAUCACCGAGCACUGGCGGGACAGCAAAAAGAACGAUUUUGUGAAGUUCGUCUAUCACAAUGGCUUUGGAGACAAUUUCACCGUGUUCACACCGAUGGUCGAAGCGUGUCGCGAUUUUGAAAUAUAUUGUCCAUUUGAAAAAUUUGAAGCGGUGGCCGCCAACCUCUCAUCAAGCCAAUGGGGCGGUGCCGAAGCGAUGUGUGCUGACACGGAUCUUUUUGGCAAAUCGGAGAAGAAAUUUGCAUUUUAUAAUAACGGUCUGAUCUCCUCAAUUCUCGUCCUCAUUUGGGCAUUCUUACAAAGAAAU